CGGAGAGGCACCUUCGUCCUCUUUGCGAGGUUGUCGCUGUCCCUGUGGAAUCUCGUCCGGAGUGGUUCCUGCUGAGUCGUUGUAAAGUCUCCCCUGCCGGUCAGAUCUGAGUAGUGAUUUCUUAAUUCCACUUUACUCAGGACUCAUCAUGGCUUCCAGUCACACUGUCUUGAUGCGGUUGGUAGCCUCAGCAUAUUCCAUUGCUCAGAAGGCAGGCGUGAUAGUGAGACAUGUUAUUGCUGAAGGAGACCUGGGUAUCGUGGAAAAGACCUGUGCGACGGACUUGCAGACCAAGGCUGACCGCCUGGUUCAGAUGAGCAUAUGCUCCUCACUGGCACGGAAAUUCCCCAAACUAACAAUCAUAGGGGAGGAGGAUCUUCCCUCUGAGGAAGUGGACCAAGAGCUGAUUGAAGAUGGACAGUGGGAAGAAAUACUCAAACAACCAUGCCCAGCCCAGUACAAUUCUGUUAAAGAAGAAGACCUUGUAGUCUGGGUUGACCCCCUCGAUGGUACCAAGGAGUAUACUGAAGGUCUUCUGGACAAUGUAACAGUUCUUAUUGGAAUUGCUUAUGAAGGAAAAGCCAUAGCAGGAAUUAUUAAUCAGCCAUAUUACAACUACCAGAACGUUGAAAAGCAGAAGUUAAGGGAAGACAGGAAUGAAGCAAAGGCAGGACCAGAUGCUGUGUUGGGGAGGACAAUCUGGGGAGUUUUAGGUUUAGGUGCCUUUGGGUUUCAACUGAAAGAAGUUCCUGCUGGCAAACACAUUAUCACCACUACUCGAUCCCACAGCAACAAGCUGGUUGUCGACUGUGUUACUGCUAUGAACCCUGAUGAUGUCCUACGAGUGGGAGGAGCAGGAAAUAAGAUCAUCCAGCUGAUUGAAGGCAAAGCCUCUGCCUACGUGUAUGCAAGUCCUGGGUGUAAGAAAUGGGACACGUGUGCCCCGGAAGUCAUUUUACAUGCUGUAGGAGGCAAGUUAACUGAUAUCCAUGGGAAUGCCCUUCAGUACAACAAAGAAGUGAAGCACAUGAACUCUGCAGGGGUCCUGGCCACGCUGAGGAAUUACGACUACUAUGCAAGUCGGGUUCCAGAGUCUGUUAAACAGGCACUUGUUCCUUAAAGGGCAGUUUCAUCUGCUUAGCUAGGAGAAGGACUUAUUCUCAAAACAGUAACUGAUCGUAUGGAAUUAGAGCUGUGUCUUCAUUCAUUGUGAUUACCAGUGAUUUCUAUUAGGAUUAGGAAAUAGGUUUACAGUGUUAAGCUUGAUUAAUUGACUAGUUUGACAACUGGAGAGUUUUUAAAGUUAUCAUGUGAUAUUUCU